AAAAAAAAGGGGUUUUCCCAGUUAUUGAGUGUAAUGUAAAGGUAAUGCACACCUUGCAUAAUUUAAUCGUAGUUAUUUGAGAAAAAGACCACUGCGUGUGAACAUUGCAUUUUGGCGAAUACAUAGAGCUCUACCAGAGCGGGAGGAAAGCAUGCUGUACACUGUCACACCAGAAGAGGGCGCCAACGGGAGACCAACCAAUUCACUGCACCUUCGCCCACUAGGCGGCGCACUUUCCAACAGAUCUCCUUUUUCGGUAUAUAGUAUAUUUCGGAUCUGGUCACCACCUCCUUUAUUAUCCUGACCCGUCCUCCGAUCACUGCACUGUGGACAAAUCACUCUAAUGUAGAAAUCAAGUACAGAGAGUUUCACAGCCGUUUCGUGACGUCAAUCAUGUAAAGGUGGCUCACUUAUUGGCUGCGCUCGGGAGGGGCGGGGCCGGAAGAAGGAAGUCUUUUCUUAGCUGUCCUUCUCUGAGCGGCACUUCCGGUGUGGUGGGAGAGUCACGUGAGCGGUGUCUGUGUUCCUUGUAUAUAGGGCGGUCGUGCUUCCUGUCCGGGAGGUAAAAUAUGUCAGUAGCAGCGUAUUGUCUUAUCUGUUGUAGAAAAAUAACUACUUCUGGAACUGCAUCAACACAAGACAACUGGAAAAAUAUCAGAGGCAUUGCAAGGAUUGCAAGAGCACUGUUUUUAGGAGGUUGUGUGUUUAUCACAUAUGAAAUCCAUUCUCUCCGAAAAGCCAUUACGCUUGAUACACAAGCAGUCCAACAAGAGAAGCUCAAGUCUUAUAUCUAUGUGCAUACUCCUUCAACAGAUCAAAAUGAUUUCCAAGGCAUUACAAACAAAUUGAGGAAAGAGCUUCACAAAACAGCGAUAAAAGCUCUGGAAAUUUCUACCAGACUGUUCAGGAAACAACAUGAGAGAGAUAAAUACAGCAAAUUAAACAUGGAGGACCACGAGCUAUCUCUAUGGCUUCUCUUGAAGGGCACACAGUCUGAAGAUAGAAGAAUCCGAUUGGAAGCUGUCCAGAACAUGGCGGGAAUCCAUUAUUGGCAUGAUUACCAGUAUCGGACAGUGGCACAAGCAUGUGACAGACGAACAACAGUUGGGUUAGCUAGGACUAAAGAUGUUGAUAUGCGAUUCUUCCUUCCACCUCCAGCACUGCCAAAAGUUGAUCAUAACCAUUCAAUGGAGGAUGAGAUACGCCAGUUGCUGUCCUCUCUUCCACAGACAGAAUUUGACCAGUGCAUAAAGUAUUUUACGUCAUUGGCAUUGAGAGAGAGCAGUCAGUCUCUAGUAGCCCAAAGGAGAGGAUUGUGGUGCUUUGGUGGGAACGGGCUACCAUAUGCUGAAAGUCUCAGUUCUGUUCCAUCAGAAAAACUUGAAGUAUACAGCUUACAGGCUUUACUGAAACACUCUAGGAUAUCUACCCAUGUUGACAGUAUAGUGUCAAAUGGAGGGCUGCAGCUGCUGCAGAGAAUAUAUCUGCUCCGCAAGGAUUCUCAGAAAAUGCAACGGAGUAUAAUGCGUGUAAUUGGAAACCUGGCUUUACAUGAGCAUCUGCACUCAAGCAUUGUUGAUUCAGGCUGGAUUUCUUUGCUAGCAGAAGCAAUGAAAUCUCCAUAUGUCAUUCAGAAGUCGCAUGCUGCCAGAGUAUUGGCUAAUCUGGACCGGGAUACAGUUAGUGAAAAAUACCCUGAUGGAGUUUAUGUGCUUCACCCACAUCACAGAACUAGCCAGGUCAUAAAAGCCGAUGUUCUUUUUGUCCAUGGUCUGUUGGGAGCAGCCUUUAAAACGUGGCGCCAGCAAGACCGUGAUCAACCAUUGGAUGAAACUGCUCCUCAAGAAGAUGACUAUACAGAAUGUUGGCCAAAGGACUGGCUGGCAGAAGACUUUCCUGCUUUAAGAAUUAUUUCUGUGGAAUACGAUACUCAUUUAAGUGACUGGAAAGUAAAAUGCCCUGCAGACAAUCACAGGAAAUCCAUGGCUUACAGAAGUUCUGAACUCCUCAAUAAACUAAAGUUGGCUGGUGUUGGAGAACGGCCUAUUAUAUGGGUAUCACAUAGCAUGGGAGGACUAUUAGUAAAAAAGAUGUUGGUUAAUGCCUCAAGGAAUAAAGAAAUGCAAGAUUUGGUAAAGAACACAAGAGGGAUUGCCUUUUACAGUGUUCCCCACCAUGGUUCUCAACUGGCUGAAUAUUCAAUCAAUGCAAGACUGCUACUUUUUCCAUCUGUAGAAGUGAAGGAGCUUAGCAAAGAUUCUCCUGCACUGAAAGAGCUAAAUGAAGAGUUCUUAGAAUUUGCCAAAAACAAGGACAUCAAAGUUGUCAGCUUUGCAGAAACAUUGCCAACACGAGUAGGCAGCAUGUUGAGAUUACAUGUGGUGCCAGCAGAAUCAGCAGAUUUAGGAAUUGGUGACAUUAUUCCUGUGGAAGUAAACCAUCUAAACAUCUGCAAGCCAAAGAGCAAGGAUUCAUACAUCUACCAGCGUACUUUGCAGUUCAUUACUGAUGCUUUGCAUGCUGACCUUAAAAAGCAGUGACCACCCAAAAACUUUCUUAACCUUCCAUACUUUUACCUCACACCUUUCUACUAAAAUUGAAGUGGCUGCUAACUGUAAAUUGUAUGAUUCUAUUAGUUAUACAGUAAAUUCAGUGAAUUUUAAAUUAUAAGCAUUCGGGUGUUGUAUCAUUUACCUAAAGGAGCUGGCUCAUCUCAUUUCUUUUGAGUUUUCUGGCUUCUCCAGUUUAUUAGCAGCAGCCAAAGCAGGGAAGUUAGGCAAUUUGCAUUGACUUUAAUGGAUGUUUCGCAAACAUAAACAGAGUCAAAUCACAAGGGGUCAUUUCAAAAGAGGUGGAAUAAAAAAAAUCAGGCAGAUUUUCAGGUGUACGAAGUGACAAUUAUACCAGACAGGGCAAAAAAAAUAAUGAACGCAGUACUCACCUGCCCAGGCUCUCAUUCCAACACUCACUGGGAUCCUGCUGAUUCAUUGGCUGUGUGCACCCAGUGUAAAAUUUCCAUUGCACAUCCCAGAA